AUACCUCUUCGCUAGAUCUGCUAUCCAUUUUACCCUCACUCUUCCCUGUCUUCUUUCCCGAUCUUCAAUCCUCAAUCCUUCCCCCCAAACAAAGAACAAAUGACACCACCUCUCCUCCCCUUCCCACCCAGUGCCCUCCCUUUCGAAUCAACCCUCACGUCCAAGUCCCAAUACCGAAAGGGUUUCGACGGGAAGCUCAAAAACUGUGAAUUACUGGAAUUGUGGCAAUACAAUUGCGAUUUGCAAAAGGAUAGGGAUGGGAAGGUUGGGGAAAAUAUUGUUUGUAGACCCGUGGAACGACUUUUUCGUCGGUGUAAAGAUCGAAAGGGAACUUUUAUGGUGGAGACGACAGUUUGGGAGGGAGAAGGAAGUGCAAAGUGAUAAUCGCGGAUUUGGUGUUGGAUGCUUGUGGUUAGCGUGAACCCUUGCUUGGUGAGAAGAUGAUACUGCGGAAUCGAAUUGGUAGAUGGAGAGGGCAUUACACAUGAUUAAAUCGAUGAUAAAAUUGAUUGAGGUUUACAUAAGUUAUUAACCUUUUUGCUUUA